AUGGAGAAUGAAGUUGUAGAAGGUGAUCCUUCAAAUAUUGAGAUGCUUAUUUUACUUGAGACGGCAGACGAUGCAAACAGAGCAUAUUUUACGAACAACGGUGGAAACGAGUCACGUGCUCGGUAUCGGAUCAAUUCUACAGUCGACAAUCAUCGUGGAGAGAUAAACGAUGCUCGUCUCAAUCGCCAACCGAGGAAUGACUAUUGGAAUAGAGCGGCCCAAAGAAGACCAACACAUAAUGCUCCAUUGGAUUGGAUUCGAAUUGUCGCAAUUUUGUUCCUCGCAUUUUUAGUUUCCGAGAACAUUAUCUUUGAACCGAUUUUUGAAAAUGUCGACGAUAACCAACCUAAAACCAAGCUUGAAAAUCAAACCGAUCAUUUUCAAUCAACAGAAAAACAUCGAGAUUCUACAAAAACAUCGAUUUCAUACGACAUUGAAGUCAUAACUGGUAAUGUCCGAUUUGCCGGCACCGAUGCCAAUGUGUUCAUUCAAAUCUUCGGACAAGACGGCAAAACAAAAGAGAGGAAGCUUGAUAACAGCUCAAAUAAUUUCGAGCGAAGGAGAGUCGACAGGUUCACAAUAACCGAAUUGGACGUUGGUAAGAUCCAAAAGAUCAGAAUCAGACACGACAAUUCAAAAUUUGGCCCCGGAUGGAAUCUUGAUCGCGUGGCGAUCAUUUCAAAGAAAAACGGCAAGGCGGAAAGGACAAUUUUUGUUUGCCGAAAAUGGUUCAGCAAGAAAAAGGGUGACAAGCGAAUCGAGAGAGAACUUUUGCCAACAGAUGAUUCUGGCAAUCCGAUCUGA